UGUAUAUAUAAAGUAGAAUAUGUAUUACCACUAACUGAUUAAUUCCUCCAACCAUGAUCUCAACCCAUCAAAACCUCAUCACUUCAUCUCUCUUCUUGAUUCUGUUUCUCUCACUCCAUAGUUUGUUUGAAACUUGUGAUGCCAAAUGCACUCCUUUUUGUGGCAUCAUUCACAAUAUCAGCUCCCCUUUCCGCCUCAACACUGACCCCAAAAAGUGCGGAAGAUAUGCGUUAGCCUGUGAAAAUAAUGUGACCUCCAUCUCCCUUAAUUCUCACCAAUACUAUGUCAAAGCAAUCAACUACACUGGCUACGGAGAUGAGCCCACCAUCAGGGUGGUUGAUGCUUCCAUAAACAAAGACGACAUCUGCUCGUUUCCCACCUUUGCAAUAUAUGCCCAUAGCUUCAUCCAUGAUCAUCCUAAUCCUAUUCCCUACCUGGAAAAUGAUAACUCCUUACCUAUAAACUUUAUAAGCUGCCCAAAUCCGUUGAGAAAUACAUCCCUUUUCACAGAUAUCACUACUCGUUGUGUCUCUUAUUCAUCCCAUCAUCACAAAUAUGCUUAUAUCAAGGUCGGCCACAUGAAGGCCUCAGAGGUUCCAUACACCUGUGGAGUAGACCUCAUAGCGAUGACAUCCUGGCAUAAUUUCAAGGAUUUGAACAAUGUUUCGCUUUCAGAAAUCCAUGAGUCCCUCUUGUAUGGAUAUGAACUCACCAUCUGCCCCUGGUGUGAUGGUGAAACACCCAGUAAAUUGGGGCUUGUCAUAAUUCUUGUGGUCGUUGCAGGUUUGUUGUGCGCAGCGGUAAGCCCUCCUUUGUUCUUCGUCUGUGGAUUCGGCACUGUAUCACUACUCGUUUAUCUGCUUAUAUUUCUAUUGAUCCAUAUACAUAGCCCCGAGGCCGACCAAGGUUCCUCGAUGCCUAGUGAACAAUGGUUACUCGUCAUAGGCCUCCUCAUCUUUUUACCAAGGUGAAGGAGGCUAUGGUUGUGUUUACAAAGGAAAGCUUCAAAGUGGGCAACAUGUAGCCGUCAAAAUGCUGGAAAAAUCCGGAGGAAAUGGACAAGACUUUAUGAAUGAAAUAGCAACUAUUGGAAGGAUACAUCAUGUCAAUGUGGUGCAACUUAUUGGAUAUUGUGCACAAGGAUCCAAGCGUGGCCUCGUCUUUGAUUUCAUGCCCAAUGGUUCUCUUGAAAAGUACCUCUUCAAUCGAGAAAUGAUGAAUUACUUAAAUUGGAAUACAAAGUUUGAUAUUGCCGUUGGAAUAGCUCGAGGAAUUGAAUAUUUGCAUCAAGGGUGUGAUAUCCAGAUUCUUCAUUUUGACAUCAAGCCUCACAACAUACUCCUCGACCAGAACUUCAUCCCCAAAAUAUCGGAUUUCGGGCUAGCCAAGUUGUAUUCCACCGAGAAGAAGGUAGUUACGUUAACAGCCGCUAGAGGAACCAUAGGAUAUGUUGCUCCAGAACUAAUCAACCGGGGUAUAGGCGGAGUCUCUUCUAAGGCGGAUGUGUAUAGUUUUGGGAUGCUGCUGAUGGAAAUGGUCGGCUUAAACAGAAUGAUGAAGGGAAACAAAGAUGAUUCUACAAAGUAUUUCCCAAAUUGGAUAUAUGACCGCAUUAAGCAAGGUAGGGAGAUUGAAAUUGAAAGUGUGGAGGAAAACAGUGGUAAUGAUGAGAAUGAGAAGGUUCGGAAGAUAACAAUAGUUGCGUUAUGGUGUAUACAAAUGAAUCCGGAUGAUCGUCCAUCAAUGAAUAAAGUGUUGCAAAUGUUAGAAGGUGAUGUGGAGUGUCUGCAGAUUCCAGAGGUUCCAUCAUCACAAUCAACCCAAAUUUCAUCAUCACAAUCAACACAAAUUGCUGGAAAUGAGGAAGAGAGUUGGCUUACAGAUGCAACUGAUUCUGUAUCAUUGCUCCAUCAUAACAAUGCCAUCAACUUUGAGAUUACUAUUGCAUGAAGUGAACAUCUACUUCCCAGUCUUCCUUUCUUCACCUAUCUCUUCUUCUACAUGUAUUAGUUAUGAACAUUAAUAUUUAUUAAGUAGAAAGUAAACUGAUAGUUGUGUUUUCGAUUCGUUAAUAUUCAGAUGUAUGAAUAAGUAAUUUGUGUUCAGGCAAUCCAUGAGGAAGUUUUGUAGCAA